UUAAUACAAAAUCCUAAGUUCUUGAAUUAUACCUUUUGAAAAAUAUACACAUUAUACCCUAAUCUGUUUUUCUUUUGGUAACCAAAACCCUAAUUCUCUAACACGAUAUAUAUCAUCCUUUACUUCGCCUUUUUGAUAACUUCCUAUAUCUCCUCCACCUUCAUUCUUCACGCUGUUCUCUUCAUUUUUCCCCCACCUCUAUUCCACAUAUGACAUAUCGAUUAUUCUUUUGAGUUUAAGUUUUCAUAGACCACCGGCUCCAUGUUUAGUGUUAAUAAAAGAACACAAGCCUUCUCUGUCUUUAUUUUCUUUUUGUCCAUUGCUAAAUCUAUCAGAUAUUUGACAAAGCAGAGAUCAUCAAAACAAGAAGAAAGAAGAUUGGAAGAUUUUCAACUUCUUUUGUCAAAAUUAAAAGAUUUUCAACUACCCCUUGACCUAAUUGUGGAGAUACUCAAAAAACUCCCGACAAAAUCUUUGAUGAGGUUCCGAUGUGUCUCAAAGCAAUGGUCAUCCAUUAUAAGCAACCGUAGAGACUUCGUUGACUCGAUCAUGUCUCGGUCUUUGAGACAGCCGCCUCAUAAGCUUCCGGUCUUCAUCUUCCACCGGUGUGCGCCUGAAACUUCCUUCACCGUGUCGUCUACAUUCUCUCUAAGCACAAAACCCAAAGUAUCAAUACAUCCAAGGCUUUAUCUGUUGUUCUUCACCAGUAUAUGAUGUGGUUACGGUAUACAACCCUACCACGAGGCAAUGCAUUCCUUUACCCAAGAUCGAAUCAAUGGCACCGUCACCAAAGAGACACAAAAACUGUUACUUUGGAUACGACCAUGUCAUGAAUGAAUACAAAGUGUUGGCCAUGGUUAUUGACUCACAAGAGUUAACGCAAACUUUUCACAUUUUCACAUUGGUUAAAGAUUGUCAACAAUGGAGGACAAUCCGAGGCAAUAUUGAUGAGGAACUCAUUCCAAACGGCCAAGCGGGGGUAUGCAUUGACGGAACUAUUUAUUACGUAGCAGUUGGAAGAAAAGAAAUGUUCAACUAUGGUGAAACUAUAAUGCUGAGUUUUGACGUGAGGUCGGAAAUAUUUUAUCAUGUCCGCACUCCUGAAGCAUUGUGGAGUCCCAAGUGGAAUGAUCGAGCUCUUUUCAACCACCAAGGGAAGCUAGGAUGCAUAAGUAAUAACGAAAACAAUACAAGUGUGUGGAUUAUGGAGAAUGCUGAGAAACAAGAAUGGUCCAACAUUACUUUUGACUUGCUUGAAUACCCUGGAGGUGAUUUCAGAACUUUCUCAGGUAUCACUCCUGCUGGUGAGAUAUUUAUUGUUCAAAGUAUGUGUUAUACUUGUAUUAUGCCAUUGUAUGUUCAUUAUUAUAACGUGAAGCAAAAAAGCUACAGAAGAGUUGAAAUAGAAGGUGCUAGGCUAAAGACAAGAAAACAACCUAGAGAUAUUAUUCGCGUAUUUGCCAUUCAUGAUUUUGUCGAGAAUACAAUGUGGUUGUAAUAUUAUUUUAAACCUUUUAAUAUGAAUAGUUCCUUUAAUAUUUUUUUUCAUAGUUAAACAGUAAGGUUAAUAUCAAUCGAUCCUUCAUUUGUUUUUCAUAGUUAAACUGGAAGGUUAGUUAAUAUAACUGCUCACAGAAAUUUUUUUAUUAUAAUUAUUUUAAAGGGCUUACAAGAAAAUAAAAAAAAUUAAUUACUAUAUGUAGUUAUAAGAUAUAUUGUGUCUCUUUUGAUAAUGUUAAUUUCAGUAUUUCCUAGUAAAUAUUGAUGAAAAUGGUGAGAUCUUGAAUUCUAUAUUUGUAUAGUUUAUGAAAUAAUGAUCCAAGAACUAUAAAGAAGUUUCAAUAUCACCAUCUCUAUAUUAAUCGUC